CCUGAGACUCGCUAGGUUUGCCGAACCAACCUCUCUUAGGCACUUUCUUAAGAGCUCUCUCUCUUCUACUACCUUCAAAAUCCUUCUUCUUCUUCUUCUUCUUCAAUCUGAAGACUCUUUUUUUUCUUCUCUAAAUUUGACUUUCUCAAAAAAAAAAAAAAAAAACACNACACCAUGGUGACUACAUCGUCACGGACCAAGUCAAACGGACCGGUGCUUCGUUCGCAAUCACCGGGAGGUCGAUUUUGCGGUAGUUACUCUAGAGCCGUUCCGUCGUCUUCAUCCUCAGCUUUCGCCUCAUCUACGAGUUCCAGCUUCUCAUCACCGUCGUCAGCUUUUUUCAGCAAUCAUCAUCACGACAAAAACAACCACCGAUCUGCGUCGCCGACUCGUGUGAAUCUCUACACAGCUCAGCCGAUGAUGUCUCAGUCGUUUCGUUAUUCUCUAGAUAGCAGAUCUAUAUCACCAACGAACCACCGAUCGAUCUCCGUUUCGAAGAAUCAGGCGCCGAAGAUGUCAGAGUCGUCGAGGAGGAGGUGUAUGUGUUCUCCGACGACUCAUCCCGGAUCUUUCAGAUGUAGUUUACACAAGAACGUGGCGAAUCCUCACGGUCAAGGCACGGCUUCGUAUACGACGAACGGAUUGAAUAUGCGACGAUCUGCGAUGACUAAUUCGCUGGUGAGAAUCGGUGGUGUUGAAGGAGAGUGGGUGAGGAGAGCUUUGACUACUUUGAUUCGACCUUCUUCUCAUCAUUUGAAAAGACGAGCUGCGUAUCAGCCUCGUCCUAGUCGUCUCUCAACCAUGGCGAAAGCUGAUUGAUCUGAUUUCUCAGAUUUUUUCAGGUUUGCUUGAUUUUGUUCUUCUUCUCUCUGAAUUAGUAGAUCUGGCGGCGAGGAAGUCUUUGUUCUGAAAGCUAUCGGAGAUUUGGAAUCUGGAGGCGAGAGAUCUGAAUCUCUCUACGAUCUUUUUUGUAAAACGGAAGAAAAAAGGAAACACACACCAUCAUAAUUUUUUACUUGUUGUUGGGUGAAAAGAUGCGAUAAUGCAUUGUACAUACUUCUCGUUUUUUUUUUUUUGCUGUUGGUCUC